UGGCUUCGGACCCCAUUGGAAGGUCCAAGGGAAUCAUGUGGACAACUUUGUCCUCCCAUAACACAGAUAGUGAAGAGGACUGAAGAUCUCGUAACCCAGUGAAACAUAACUGAACAGGGUAGAAACCCAUCAAACUAAGUGUUUUUGAAUCUAUAAGGAAGGAAACCAGGUUUGAGGAUCUAGAGAGUGGAGCAUGAAGCUUAGCGUGGCAUUGUGUUUUGCUGGGGUCUUUGGGGCUUUGGCAGCCGUGUUUACCUUCCUUUCUUUUGGAACUGAUUACUGGCUUAUAGGCUCAGAAACCUGCAGCCCAGACAGUAAAGACUCUGAAGACAACGGAGGACUGACAAUAACGCUAGCUGCAGAUGUGGUGCACGACGAAGGCGGUGAUACAAUUUCAUAUCAUUCUGGUUUCUUCUGGACUUGCUACUUUGGACAGAUGUUUGAUAGCAACUUAAACAAAACAGCAGCGGUUGUGUUCUCAAACAAGAAUUUUGUAAAAGCCUGCUACCCUUCCUACCUGUACCCAUUCCCCCAGGAAAGUCCUACCAACAACACAACAGAUGAUAAUUCAGCUAUCAUUUACAGAGGCUUCUGGAGUGUCUUCAUGCUUAUUAGUGUGGCGACGGUAGCUAUCGGAGGGUUCCUCAUAAUCUGUGCGGCUCCAUUUGCUAACCACUGCUUGUACAAAGCAGGAGGUGGACUCUUCUUGACAUCUGGUUUUUUCCUGCUGGGUGUUGUGGUGAUGCAUGUGGUGUGGCUUCAGGCCCUGGAUGUGAUCCAAACCUACAUUGAACACAGUCGCUCUCACCAUUGUCCAGACUUCACACUGACCCUAAGCUACGGUCUGUCCUUUGUGUUUGCCCCCAUCGGCGUCCUCUUCUCCUUCUUGGCGGGCCUGCUUUUUCUGCUCAUUGGUCGAACUGUUCGGAUCCACCACUGAAUGAAAAGCUUACUGUUUUUACUCAUGCAAGAUGCUGUGUCAAUUGGACGUUCUGUUUUAAUCUGUUAAAUUUGAACACACUGAUCUGAGAGAAACAUUUUGUUUUGUUUUCUUAUGUGGAGCUAAUAGAAGUCAGCCUGAGAAAGAGUGCAUUUGAAAAGUAGCUAUACCCUUAAAAAUUUUGAGGUUUUCUCUUAUAACCUAAAACUUAUACGUUUUUUUUGUUUUUCUGUUUUUUAUCUUUGUGUGACAUAUCCAACACAGAUUAGUACAUAAAAGUGAAAUGCAAAGAAAGAGAAAUGCAUUUCUAAAAAUACAAAAUAAAGAAAGUGUGGUGUGCUUUUUAUGUGCUAUAAAAUUGGAGUUGAAAGGAUUAUGCUGUAGGGAACCUGUAAAAUACAAAUAAUCCCUAGGAGACAUACAAGACUUAAAGUGAUGAAAACAAUUAAUUUUCAAGCUUAGAUCCUGUUCUAAAAGUAAGAUGGUUGAGAUCAGGACAAAUAUCUGUUCCAUUAGCCCAGUCAAAGAGAGCUUAUGGAAGUAAAUUACAAAAUCAAUUUUCCCUUAAAUAGUCUAUAUGAAUUCAUAUAGAGGUAGGUAGGAUCUGCAAGGUAAUUGCAGCAAAAGGGGAUUUUACAAAUUAUUGACGUCUAAAUGCUGAAUAUGAAUGAAUAACAUACUUCUCGAUUAUUAUAUUUAGAAGAUUUUAAAUGUCAGGAAUCAAUAUUUCUUCUUCACUUCUCUAUUAUACAGUAUGUUUGUUAGUCAGUCAUAUAAAUAAUAAGAAUUGUCCAAUAAGGAAUACUGAGAUUUAUGUCUUUAAGAGUUGUAAAAUCAUUUGCUCAAGGCUCUCAUAAGUAACUUUAAAUAUGAUACAGAUUGUGUAUGAAUUGUGUUUUUUUUUAUUAUUAUUAUUAUUCAACUUAUUGAAGCUUCAUUUUGGACUUAUUGAAUACGUUUCUGUAUGCAUUUCUUAUUUGAUAGAAUUACGUAUCCGAGGCUUGGUCUAGGAUUAUCCUUGUCGUACAUUUUCCAAGCAUUUUUAGCUGUGUAUUUGCGACUGUAUUAAGCAACAAUGUCUAUAGGAGCUUCAGUAAAGGAGCAUGUUGGUUUGUGUAACUGUGUGGUUAAAGUGAGACCUGAUUUCUUCAACAUGUGAUUAUAAGAAAGUAUUAGGUAAAAGAGCUUGGGUUGUUUAAGAGAUGUGCUGUUUGCUUUAUGCACAGAGCUAUAAGUAGCCUUUGUUUGAAGUUAUAUAUUGCUACUUUUGGUCCAGCUUUUCAUCACUGAAAAACUUUUAAUAGACUAUGUAAUAUGGAAAAUUAUUUUAAGUCUAUUUGCAUCUAUUAUAUUAUUUUCUGAAGAGUCAUGGGAUUCAUGAUGAAGAUAAAAUGGUAAAGUUUUCUGGUGACAUCACUCAAAUAUGAUGACAUCACCGGGCAAGUCUGGGGCGACUCCUGUCUGAAGCAACAGUUUUAUGUUGACACCGUUUUACACUAUUUGCUGCAAAUAAUGUUAUUGCCACUCCAAUAAAAGUGUGCUCUAUGUUAGUGGA